CCGGCAGCGCCGCGGCUCAGGCCGUGCGGUGCGAGCGAUCCGCGGCCCCCGCGCCGGACCCCCCUGCCCUUUCCUGCCCUGCCGGACCCGCCGGACCCCGCACACGGCCCAGGUUUAGAUCUGCACAAGAACCAAGAUCAGGAACCAUGGCAUCCAUCCCAUCCAGCGGCUCGCUCAUGGCCACGCACAACUAUCGCAGAAGGCGCCUGAGCUCCACAUCCAGCACCAGCUCCUGCAGCUCAGAGUACUCUGGGGAGGUCAUCCCCCAUGGCCCAGAUCUGCCCAAGUCUGACCCCGGCCAGUGGUGGGCCAGCUUCUUCUUUGGGAAGACGACUCACCCGGCCAUGACAACGGUGUCAGAGUCCCAGGAGAGCUUGGGAGCCCUGCGGGCGGCCACAGCACCCAUCGCCUGCGGGCUGGUGGCAGCCCCGGGCGCAGGACGGAGGCGCCACGCCAGCGAGUCCAGCGCAGGGCCCUCGGUGUGAGCGGGUCGGCGGCUGCUCCCUCCCACCCCGGCGGGCACAGCCCCUCCCCUGUAGAGUAGCCGGCUGCUCCAAGCAAAACGUGCUGCUUUCUGAUGGAGAAGUGCAGCCACCCCGACGAUUCCACUCCAGCCUUUUUUUUUUUCUUUUUAAACUCCCAGUGUAACUAAGCCCUCUGGAAGCAGACUUGGUAACACGUUUUUAUUACCUUAAACUCGUACAAUGGCAACGAAUAAACUGGAGCAGCCUUUUAAAA